GGGUGGGGAGCUAUAAAUACUCUGUUUCCCUCUUUUAUUCUCCAAAAACAAAUUCCAAAUGCACUAAGAGCCGGAAUCGGAGAAGAAAGAGAGAAAGAGGUGAUUCGUCUCUCUGUACUCACUUUUCCUGCCUCUACCGUCCUCAGCUUUCUCUCUUUCAUUUCUUACUAAUUUUUUUACAACUAUGGUUUUAUGGGUUUUUGGUUACGGUUCACUGGUCUGGAACCCGGGGUUUGAGUAUGAUGAGAAAGUCAUAGGCUUCAUCAAGGAUUACAAGCGUGGAUUUGACCUUGCAUGCAUUGAUCAUAGAGGUACACCAGAAAAUCCUGCAAGGACUUGCACCUUGGAACACAUUGAAGGAGCCGUAUGCUGGGGUGCUGCUUAUUGUGUUCGGGGCAGUCCUGAAAGGGAAAGAGCAGCAAUGGAGUACUUGGAGCGGAGAGAAUGUGAAUAUGAUCAAAAGAAUCUAGUGGAGUUUUACAAGGAAGCAGAUCCCCUGCAGCCUUUUCUAACCGGAGUUAUUGUUUUCACAUCUACUCCAGACAAAGUUUCAAACAAGUAUUAUUUGGGGCCUGCUCCAUUGGAGGAAAUGGCUAUGCAAAUUGCAACUGCUGUUGGACCCUGUGGAAACAAUAGAGAUUAUCUUUUCCUGCUGGAGAAGGCCUUGUUUGACAUAGGUCAUGAGGAGGACAUGGUUAUAGAGCUUGCAAAUGAAGUAAGGAAGGUGCUUGCAACAUUGGGGAAUGGGGUUUCCAAGGAGAAGCAGUUAGUAGGAUCUCCUCUGAAGAUGCCACUAAAAUCCCAAACCCAGUCCUACAUCCCUACAAGUCAAUUGCUUCUGCUUCCCAAAGCUGUUGCAAUGGACUCCUAGCUUUUCCACGAACUCUCUAGUCUCUAACAAAAGAUAAGGCCAGUAACUUAACGAGAAGGGCCAACCAUUAAGUUUCUGUUUCUAACCUAUUCCUUCAGUCUAAAUCUAGUUCUUCAAGUAGAGAAGAUUUUUUUGUCCAAGUAUAUAUCCAGAGCGGCAUCUUUAGGGUCUCACCAGUAUUACUAAUACUGAUUUAUAGCCUGAUUGUGAUCUUGGUUUCUGAUGAAAGAAAUGAAAAUUGCUCUUCAAUUGCUUUUUUUUAA